AUGCCACGCUCAUCCACUACUUCUCCCCGUAGGCCUCGUUUCUCGGCUAAGUUCGCUCUUCUGAAGUCAGAGCUCUGCCGGAUUCGUUUCCUCCCUACGUAUAAUGAGAGGAGUCACAAGUUGGUCCCGAUGCCUUACCCUGCAUACCCGAAUGGCGACGCUGUCACUCCGUAUUUGUUGGACUUCUAUGCGGAGAUGUACGAGUGGGAGAAGCCUCGCUGCCUGUGCGGACACCUCCCCGGUCGCAGUUCUCACCCGUGCCAGAUUAAAAUCCCCGAGUCCGACAAGUCAUUGAACAAGGGCCAUCCUGUUCUUAUAUGCUCCCAUUUUCUCUGUCCCAUGUUCGUGGACCUGUAUGAUCUCCUGGAGGAGAAUCCUGAUUUGGAAUGGAGAACAUACCCUCUUCGCGAAGCCGACCGCCCAUCCAGCCAGAUCACAGGGAUGGCCCGUAGUUGUUCGGCCCCACCGUCUCGCGCGCAGCAAAGAUUCGGCUCAGCGAUAAGGACAGUUAGCAACAAAGAUAUCGUCGUUGAACAUUCAUCUCCAUCUCUGCUGGCUCAACUGAGUGGAGUGAGUAGUCAAUUCGACUGGCAGCCUCCUUUCAAGCAAGCGUCGCCCACAUGUUCCCCCUACGUUCGCGGUGAUCAUCCCCUCCAUGCUGCAGUACCCCAAGAGCUCUGCAGUGCACCUUCAUCCAGCUCAUCUUCGACUCAAAACUCUAUGAGCUCCCCUCCUCUUAGCCAGUAUGGGGCACGUCAAGAAACCCGGCAGGAGCUUGGUCCGGAUGACCCACAGCCUCCCAACUGCUAUGACCACGGCUAUCUUGACAGCCUCGAGCGCUUUUGGUCACCGCCUCCGAGCAUCAACACUCUAGCUUACCAAGUCGAAGCACCAUCUGUGAAUGAGGCUUCCCGGCUCUUCGGCCUGCUAGAUGCUACUGUGGACCCAGGUGUCAGGUACACAGAAUUAACCCGCAUCCUCACUCGCUGCCCGUUCUGCGAGAAGUUAAUGUCGCAUCGCGCACUUUAUUCUCCUGGCCAUGCAUGCUCUGAGUACUUCACGACAGCGAAGGUUGGCACCAAGCGACACUAUGUAGAUUUGACGACGCCGUGA